AACUCCGUGGACCCGCUGGGUUCGGUUCAAAUACACACAGAGUUGGGAUCAUGCACUUCAGGACCUCGCGUGGAAAGCUUCCCACGGCCACCAUGUCCGGUCUGUAGGCUGCAGGAGCUUCCAGUUUGGAGCAGAACCUUUGGGACUAUGGAGCUGAGAGAAGCGCUGCCUCUGUGGCUGCUGAUCCUGGCUGCGGAGCCGCUCUUUGGACUCCCAAACCCGAACACCUCCGCCCAGGGCAAAGCUGCUGGAGCACAGGAUCAUGUGGAUCUGGAGCAUCUUCUGCAGGAGAACCUUCCUCCUUCGUCUCCUUCCUUAUCCAGACGCCCCCGGUCCCGGGACCGCCUCCCAGCAGCUGAAACUGAAGAGGAGCCAGGAGGCUUCAUCCUGGACCUGAGGAACUUCCCUGAUCUGGCCAAUGCAGACGUGGGCUCUCAAAACCCCAACAUCCAGGUGACCAUCGAGGUGGUGGAGGACUCCCAGACGGAGACAGAGGUGGAGAUAGACCUGGCGAAGGAGAACCAGAGGAAUGAUUGGUCGCUUUCGUCCUCCGAGUGGAUCAACAGUCACAGGAAACUGUUCUGGCCUUUGUUUUGGGAGUACCCAGAACAGCCGGAGAACAGGCUGAGAGCAACCGCCUCUGAAGAACAGUCUGCGGACUACAGCUAUGAUCCAGCGGACCCCGCCCUCAGGGGAGUGGGCUCAGACUGGGGGAGAGGCUGGGAAGCAAAGGAUGCAUUGGAGUAUGAGGAGUGGAGCAUCUGGGCUCCGUGCAGUGUGACCUGUGGUUCUGGUUCCCAGAGACGGACCCGGUCCUGCGGCUACGCCUGCACGGCGACUGAAUCCCGCACAUGUGACCUGCACAGCUGUCCCAAUGCUGUAACCAAGGUGACGUCUGUCCGCCUGACUAACGGGAGCGAAUCUGGUGUGGACAGCUGUGAAAAGUGGCUGAGCUGCAGGACUGCGUUCCUCCAGAAGUACCUGCGCCAGGUCCUGACGGAGCUGCCCAGCUGCCCCUGCUCCUACCCCUCUGAGGUCAUCUACAGCGCCAUCAACGUCCAGGACUCCAGGCUGCAGAGAGCCUACCGCUGGAGGGACGCCAGCGGACCUACAGAGCGGCUGGACAUCUACAAACCAUCGGCCCGGUUCUGCAUUCGCUCCAUGCUGUCAUACCACAGCACCACGCUGGGGGCGCAGCACUGCUGCUACGACGGCCAGAGGAGGCUGAUCACCCGUGGCAAAGGAGCCGGGGCGCCAAACCUGAUCAGCACUGAGUUCUCUCCAGAGCUGCACUACAAGGUGGACAUCCUGCCCUGGAUCCUCUGCAAAGGAGACUGGAGCAGGGUCCAUUCGGUGAGGCCGCCAAACAACGGGCUGGACUGCAGCCAGAACCCUCCGGAGGAAGUUUUCCAGAGCGAGCUGAAAGAGGCCCGGGAAUACUGAGGCUUUGGACCCGGAAUGAGCUGGAAUGAGCCUGAAGGAGCAUAUUUAUUAUCCACUGAGUCUCCUCAUGGAGAACAUUCAUGUAGCUGAACAGGAAGUGAAUCAAUGUCCUCAUGUUGAUCGAGCCGCUGAGAGCUGCAUUUGAGUUCAGACCUUUAUUGGAUUUGGCACAAAUAAAAAACAAUAAAACUAAGAGGAACAAACAGCGUUUAAAUCUAUGAUAAAACGUCCUGCAAACUCCAAAAUCAGACCAAACCAAUAAAGAUGUGCAAAGAAGGAACGCUGCCAGACAGGAGGUCGGCUGCAGACCUCCAGAUUAUAGUUGUUGGAGGUGAGAUGUUUUCCUUUGCUCUAAACUUAGACUAAAGUUAAGCUAAGUUAUUAGUCUUCCUUUAUAUUGACCAGUGCUGCAGUUCCUCCCAUAGAUCAUUUUUAAUAUUGCAGCAGGUUUCCUGCUCUGUGAUGCUUGGAUGUCAUAAAACAAGCAAAUGAUCAACGGUUUCUACCGCUCUUUCAUUUUUCUCUCCAUAUUUUCUUGUUGGACGUAUUUCAGAUUUGAACAGGAUGAAUGGAUGGAUGG